AUGAUGAUGAAGAAGUCAACAUUGUUGUCAAUUGAUGCGUUCUCUAAAACAGAAGAGGACGUAAGGAUUCGCACAAAAUCUGGUGGAAUAAUUACAUUGACAUGUGUAUUGAUAACGUGCUUCUUGCUGGUUAAUGAGUGGAUUCAGUUCAAUUCGAUUGUAAUUCGACCUGAUCUGGUCGUUGAUAGGGAUCGCCAAUUGAAACUAGAUAUUUCUCUGGAUGUAACGUUCCCGUCAGUGCCUUGUGGUUUAUUGAACUUAGAUUUAAUGGAUAAGGCCGGAGAACUAGAAUUGAAUAUACUCGAAUCUGGAUUUACCAAGACAAGAUUAGAUUCACACGGUAAUUCAGUUCAUGAUGCUGAAACGUUCAAACCUGGUGGGGAGCAAAAGGGUACAUCAGGAAUCGAUAUUACUGAUCCAGACUACUGUGGCUCUUGUUACGGCGCUCUCGACCAAGGUCGUAAUGCCGAACUGCCAAGAGAAUCCAAAUUGUGCUGCCAAACCUGUGAAGAUGUUCGUAACGCAUAUUUGGACGCAGAAUGGGCAUUUUAUGACGGUAAAGAUAUCGCACAGUGCGAACGUGAAGGCUACGUUGAGAAAAUCAACGAACAAUUAUCCGAAGGCUGUAGAGUACAGGGUGAGGCUUUGCUGAACAGAAUAGAAGGUGCUAUACACUUUUCCCCUGGCAGAGGCUACGAAAACAAGCAUGGGCAUUUCCACGAUCUUUCGCUAUACUGGAAAAAUCCACAGCUUAACUUCAACCACGUUAUCAACCAUUUGAGUUUUGGUAAGUCUGUCGAGACUAAAGCAAAAGGCAGAGUUUCGGCGGCUUCAACGGCUCCACUAGAUGGCCGUGAGGUGGCACCUGAACGCGACACCCAUAAGCAUCAAUUCUCCUACUUUGCCAAGAUUGUGCCAACCAGAUAUGAAUAUCUAGAUAAGAUGGUAGUUGAAACCGCGCAGUUCAGUGCAAGUGUUCACGACAGGCCACUGAUGGGCGGUCUGGAUAGAGAUCAUCCAAAUACCAUUCAUCAAGUAGGCGGAACACCAGGAGUUUAUGUCUAUUUCGAAAUGUCCCCACUCAAGGUCAUCAACAGAGAACAGCAUGCACAAACCUGGUCAACUUUCCUCUUGAAUUGUAUUACUAGUAUCGGAGGUGUCCUCGCAGUUGGCACAGUUAUGGACAAAGUCCUGUACAAAGCACAAACUUCCAUAUGGGGCAAGAAAAGUCAGUAA